AUUGUCGUUUUUGUCGAUAACGGUCAUUGCGUAGGCAGAGGGUUAAAAUACGAAGCGAUUUAUGUUAAAAUUUCAGUUGGUGUGAAACAUUCAUUUGAAUAAGUGAAAACAUGAAGUUUAUUUUGCUUUAUGUUCUGUGUGCUUUUGGUAUUUUUUACGCUGUUGGCGAUCCAAUCACAGACUUCAAAACUUUAUUAGAUGAAUCAGCUAAUGAAAUUGCUAACAAUGAACAUGACUUUUUUAAUUCAAUCAUCGUUCUUGUGAGUAAUGUAAAAGACACUUCAACGGAAGCACUGGGUCAAUCAUGGAAAGCUACACAAACUUUUACAGCCAUUUCAAAUGAAAAAGCAGAUACAAAAGAGAAAAAGGAUUGUAUCGCAUCUGAAAAGGAGAAAUUAUUGAAAAUAAUCAAUACAGUUGCAUUUACUCUUGAUACUUGUCGAGAAAAAUCAUCAGCAGCCGCACAACCAGUUAGGACGAAAAUUCAGGAUAUUCAUAAAGAAACUAUGUCUAUGGGAAAUGAGUUGGAUACGAUUAGAUCGUCCUGCUCUCAAGAUCCUGAAAAGUCAGAGGAUUGCAUUUCUUAUAAAUUAAAUGAUCUUCGAGUCUCUCUUAAAAAUAUUUUCGAAAAAUUCCAAACCUAUGUUAUUGAAGCUGGUACAAUAGAACCCCAAAUAUUGAGUAUUGCCAUGAAUUGCAAUGCCAAAAUAUUGAAGGAAGUUCACGAAGAAGUAACAAAUAUCCAGAAGAAUGUCCAAAAAUGUAUAUAGAUUUUUAGUUCUUCAGUUUAGAAAGAAAAUUAUUUUGUAGGGAAGAGGUACGCAUGUUGAGACACUAACAAUAAGAUAUUAUAACCUAUGUAACUGAUAAUACCAAAUAGUUUGUUGGCAUUUUGUCUUAUCAUGAAUACCAAACUUUUUAUUCAAUAGAAGCGCGAUAACUCCUGUUUUUUUGCUAUAACAUAGAACGAACUAUAACAUAGAUGUAAACGUAUGGUUAAUGUAUGGUUAACGCGUGGUCUGCACGUUGAGACGCUUACGGUGUGAAAAUCGUAUUGUCAUUAAAAUUGAUUUUGAAUCCACAA